AUUAUCCAAAUGAGGGGGAAAUGAUUAUUACAAUUUGAUGAUCAUUUUAAAGCCUAGUAAUGACAGCAAUUCCAAUAAUAAUAAUAAACGAUAAUAAAUAUUUUUAUCUCUGCCAGGAUAUCCAUCAUUUUGUUGCUGUUGUAACUCUUUGACGAGUUCGUGACAGCCCUCCACAGUCUCAUCCUCCUCUACAAGUGCAGGAAAUCUCUUUGACAUAUUAAAAAGAAUGACAGAAGCAACGGUAAUUUUCCAGACAAUGGAACCUGCAUUUGAGUUGAUGAUCCACUCAGUGAUGCAUCUGCUAGUUGUUAAGGCAUUGUUAUACCUUUCCUAAACUAUUGAUAAAAUAUCAAUGCCAAGCUCUCUUUACUGACAGUAGGGUAAACUCCUAAUGGGCCAUGCGAACAUUUUCAUACCUGGCUGAGGUUGGAAGGAUUCCAUGGUGUCAAGGUUGACAGGGUAACCACUUUCUCUGAGCAGUAUGACAUUGCUGUACACUGCAGCUUCAAAAUCUCAAAAACUCCAUCUUGCUCUCAGACAAAAUUUGUGAGUCGUGAGUGCUUCUAGGCCAACGUGCUACACCGUUUAUAAUUUUGCAAAGGCAAUCACACGCCACCUACACAUUUAUGGAGUGAUGGCUUUUUCUGUUCACAUAUCGGUCUUCUUGUGUCCGGUGUGCCUGUAUCCUAAUGUGCCUGUCCCAACAUCAGUCACUGCAAAUAAGUGGAAAGCUGGCUCUUUUGUUAUUUUUUAAACAUUUUUUAUUUAAAAAAAAAACAACUGUUUUUAUGAUUUCUUGGAAACUUAGCAGUUUGAUUUAGCCACUGGCAGGGCCAUAACUAGGGAGUUCUGGACCCCCUGAAAAAUGAUUGAUGUGGGCCCCACCGCAAUCCACCCAUAUCAUAUAUGGUAAUAUAUGGGCAUAGAGGCCCACAUCUACAGAUUAUUUUAAAAGUGUAAUAUCGUAUCACUUUGACAGUCUAUUUACUUGUAACUUGAACAAACUGAUCAAAUAAUAUUAUUUUACUAAUCAAAUAAAAAAGUACCAGUAAUAUAAUAAAAAGCCUUUAUAAUCAGUCUGGUAUCUAACAGCUGAAGUAAACAUUCAGAAAUUGAGAAGAAUGCAGUCAAAUAAAACCAUAUAAAUGACUUAUUGUCUUAAUUUCUUUAUGAAAAUAAUAUUCUACUGCAUAAUACAUUAUUUAAAGUGCACCUAUUAUGUUUCUUCAAAUAUUACCUUUCAUGUAGUGUGUUAUGUAGCUGUUUGUGAUUGUAAAAAUUCUGCAACGUUUCAAAAAUCAAAGCGCACGGCAGAGAGUUAUUGACUCCCAAACGAAGGAACUGAUUCUGAACAGCUGAAACGAGUCGUUAGUGAUUCCAGACUUACUUCCUGUACUAACCUACGUAAGUUUGUAACAUUAAGCUACCUUCACUCGUUUCCUAAAUAGAGGAUAAAACAUCAAAGCUAUACUUAUUAGGAGCAAAUAAAAUAAUUUGUGUAAUAGAAACUUAUAGCACUCAUGCAGCGUUGAGGGUAAGCAUAACCACAAUGUGUUAUGGUUAUUUAUUUGAUUAACUACGUAUGUAUUGCACAUUGAAAAUCUGCCUACGUUUACUACAGGAAACACUGAUGAGGCCCAGAAAGCCUAACUGGUCUACAGAGCAAAAGCUCCUGUUGGUGCAGUUAGUGAAAGCCAGGAGAGAAGGUCUACUGACUGGCAGGCAUUCUUGCCGAGAGACAGCGACCAACCGGAGAUGGGCAUGGGAUGAGAUUGCAGAGGAAAUCUCCAAUGCCCACCCUGAUGUUCCCCGUACGGGAAAGGAGUGUGAGAGACACUGGUUUAUAGAGCAAGCCAAAGCCAGAGAUGCUCUGGUAACCCAAAAGUCACCUACAGAACAUAUCAAUCCAGUGACCAAACUAGUGCUGGAAAUCCUCAGACUACAGAGAAAGAACACAGAGUUUAGAGACAGGCUUGAAGAAGACAGUACAAGCUGUCAAGAAGAGGAUGAACAAAUGGAAGUGAAAUAUGUUCCAACUACAGAUACACCUUUUAUAAACAUUGAGUUGCCCCUAAAUCACACAAAUAAUAAUAAUAGUGAAGAUAAUGCUCCGGCCAGUCCCCUAUCCCCGCUGUCACCCUCUGCAGAGAAAAAGACCCUAGAGAUAUCUGUUCUUCGCCGUCAAGAACGAGUGUUACAGUUGCAGGAGGAAUACUAUUCCCUCAAAAUCAAACAUCUCAAAGCACGGAUGCUGAUGGACCUUUGAUGGGACAGUGGGGAAAAAAGACUGUUUUAUUGUUUAUUUUUUAAUUAAACACUAGGAAUUCUAGGUCUAGAUUUCAAUUGUCAUAGAUGUGGCUUCAAUUACCUGCUGAAUCAAAAGAUGAUCAUAUUGACCACAAUUCUGUUUGUAUCUGAUUAGUCUCCAGAAAAACAGAAUGAAUCCUUUGUGUUGUACACCGUAUGUGUGUGCUUCAUGAGAAAUUGUCUGGCUCCUUAUAAUCGAAUGUUCAAUAUUUGAUAUAGUAGAUUGCAAGAUAGUAAUUUAUCUUCUCAGUUAUAAUACUGUAUAUAAAAUGUGGACAUCCAGGCAAGCAUUGUAUAGACAAUGUUAUUAUCUGCUGAUCGGAGUUAUGUCUGCCUAAUAUCGCUAAUAAGUUUUUGAAUGUCAAACUGGUUUUAGAUUAACUUAUGAGCAAUAUCAGCUUAAAGGCAGGAGACAGAAAGGCUUCGGAGGUAUUUGUCAAAGAUACCUUCACAUUCCAAGGAGGAGUUUAUAGUUUGCAGGCCAAGUAUAGUCCUGCACUGACAAACUGUCUAAAAUAACAGCAUAGUGAAACAGUAGGUGUGUUCUCUGUGAGAGGCUGUCAUGCUAUUUUGUGAAAGAAUAUCCCUUUUCAGACCUGGUAUUUACAUCCAUCUCAGAAGCUGUCCACUGAGAAUGGUAACUGUUCACACCUGUUAUUUCUAUGUUUUGAAUGUGUGUUCAGUGAACACUUGUAAUUUGUUAGUCAUAGGGUUGCCAAUUCUGUCAAAAGCAACCCAACAUCACUUCAAAUCCAAACCUAAAUACACUAGCCGAUGCCAAAUGAAAACAACUUCCAAUGUUAUUUUUUUUUAAAUAAACCAUAGCAUACUGAGGGUCUAUAAAAGUUUCACUCGUAUUGCACAUCAUUCCCAUGUGGCAGCGGAUUUGACAUGAUUUGAUAAUCUAAUCAUAUUUAAUGUGUUUUCAACAGUAACAUAAAUGAAAAGAGAGGGAAGGAACUUGUGACUUGUGAAUUCAGGGAUUGGGUUUUGGGCUUGUGACCCAAAACUAAACAAGUUAGUGGGACUGUAGUCUCUUUGGUCAAAAAAAAAAAAAAAAUGUAGCAAUCAUGCCAAAUUUUGCCUCCAUGUUUUUUUUUUAAUGUCAGUUAUUUGAUAGCUAGUUAACCCCACCUUCUUUCUAAAAUGACAUGCCAAUUAGGACUGCCUGUAAUCACAUGACUUUGGAAGCUGCCUGUAGUCGCAGGAAACCAGCAUGAUGCAAAUUCGGUGUGGCACUGGCAUAAAGUGGAUUGUGCUUAUUUAUUUAUUUAUUUAUUUAUUUAUUUAUUUAUUUAUUUAUUAACAUUACAGGUCAUUCAGUAAUGAAAGCACAGGUUGGGUUGUGCUUUGUGCAAAAUAGGAGCGCAAGUAUUUUUUCCCUAUUGGACAAACAAAUUGUUUGAUUUGUUUGAUGUUUUCCUUUCAUUAUCCAUUCAUUAAUCAUCAUUAACUGCUUUAUCCCCCUGAGGGUUGUGAUGGAUCUAGAGCGUUCAGAUUUCAGGAACACUGGAAGUGAGGAGGGUAAAUACACCCUGGAUGGGAUGCCAGCCCCAUCUCAGGGCACACAUAUUCUGAGAGCCCAGAGGAAACCCAUGCUGAGAACAUGUGACACUCUGAGGUCGGGAUUGAACGGGGGACCCUGGAG